AACGAUAUCUUGAAUGAUGGAUCAUCAUCAUCGUCAAAAACAAAGAUGGACGUGGAUGUGUUGGUUGAUGAAUCCUACUUCUCUGCUUUAUUCGAUUACGAUGAAGUUUUCCCAAUCUCCGAUGUUAACUACGCGACGGAGCUUCAUCUCCAAGAAGCUUUGUUCUCUUCCCUAAUCGCUUCAACGGCGGAGAUCAAUAAUAAUCCCCAAGUAAAGACGAAUCUAGCCACAUGGAUUAAGCAAGAACCGGAGAUAAAAAUCGAGAAUGAAUCCACCGAGCCAUCUAGAAAGUUAUGUAUGAUCUGUAUGGACGAAAAGCCUCUCUCCGACAUCUUCCGAGGAACAAUCACCUGCACUCACUCCUACUGCACCGGGUGCACCAUUCGUUACGUGGCUUCCAAGAUUAAAGAAAACUCAGCGAGGAUCAAAUGCCCUGACGUGGAGUGCACGCGAUUGAUAGAGCCCUACACGUGCAGAGAUCUGAUCCCUAAAGAUGUGUUCGAGCGUUGGGAGAAAAUCUUGUGCGAGUCGUUGAUCUCGUCAUGGGACAAGUUCUACUGUCCGUUCAAAGACUGUUCGGCGAUGAUGGUUGGUGAUGGAAAUAAUGCUAACGUGACGCAGACCGAGUGUCCUUCUUGUCACAGACUCUUCUGCGUGCAGUGUAAGGUGACGUGGCAUGCGGGGAUUGGCUGUGAGGAGUUCCAGAAAUUUGGGAACACGAAGAAGAAGAGUAGUGACGAAGAAGAUGCGAUGUUGGUUCAGAUGGCCAAGAAUAAGCAGUGGAGGAGGUGUCCUAGUUGCAAGUUCUACGUCGAGAAAGUCGAUGGUUGUAUGCAUAUAAGUUGCAGGUGUGGAUUUCAGUUUUGCUAUGGUUGUGGAUCGGCGUGGAAUUCUGAUCACGCAUGCCGAAUCUAA